CAUUUUGCGGUCACGCUACUUUCCACCGCAUUCGGUUUGUUUAACAGCUCUACAAGACACAGAAAGUAGUUAAAAAGAAAGACGAACAGCGGUUUUUAUAUCGAUACUCAGUUUAUAAGAAUAAAGCGCGUGUACAUAAUACAAGUUGUGAGCCAGAUACACAUAGAACCAAUUAGUAAUUCAAUAACAAAAAAGGACCAGCAAAAAUGGGUAAAGCUCAAAGCAAACGUUCAAUUGAUAUCACCACCGAUCCGAAGAAGGUUGGCGAGGGCAACGAAGUUGCUGGGAAACUCGAGAAAAUUGAAGAUGUCGAUCAAACGGCGCCCGCAUUAAACGGCGACGCAGCGUCGCCCAAGGAAAAGAAUGCCGACAGCGACGAUGCGGCUGCCACAAGCGAGAAAAAGGAAACUGAGGAGAAUUCGGAAAAUGACAAAGACUUGACAACCGAAAAGAACGCCGCAGAUGCGGCACCCAAAGCAGCGGAUGGCGCUGCUGGCGAUGCAGCUGGCGAAGCCGCCAAGGAUGAGACAGCAGCAGCAACUGGCUCGCCCAAGGAGGGCAGCGGAGCUGAGGAAAUUUCCCCGCUGGCUGAUGAGAGCAUCAAGUCCAAGUCGAAGAAGGAUAAAGUGAAAAAGAAAUGGUCAUUCCGCAGCAUCUCGUUUGGCAAAAAGGAUAAACAGAAGCCAGCCAAGGCCGAGGAUCCAGCUUCGCCAACAGAAGCAGCUGCAGCAGCGGCAACUCCAACCACCCCUGAAGCAGCUGCAACAAAUGGCGAGGCAGAGCGGCCAGCAGAAGCAGAGGGAGCAACGGCAUCCGCAGCAGCCCCAGAGCAAAGCGCGGAUGCAGCAACUGCAGAUGCGACAUCCAAGGCAGCAGCACAACCCACUGAGAAUGGAGCAGCCAGCGAAGAAGAGAAGAAGGAGCAACAGCUAAACGGUGACGACAAGACAUCUUCUGCCCCAGCAGCAACAUCAGUCGCAGCCGCAGACGCAGUAGCAACAGCAGUAAGUGAGGAGACGGUCAAGGUCGAGCCAGUCGUUGAGGCCACAAAAGUGGAACCUGCUGCAGUGGAGCCAAGCGUUGUUCCGGAGCCCGUUAGUAACAAUGAAACCACCGAAGUUGUUACCAAUGGCCAUGCAGCUGCAGCCGCCGAUGUUGUGUUGACCAAUGGCGACAAAAAUGGUUUGGCCGAAUCACCAACCGAACCGGAAGCAGCCCCCACCAACAAUGUGGAGGAGGAGCAGCCACAUCAGAAUGGCACUAAUGGAGUUGGAGAGAAGAACGACGAGACUGCCACGCCACCUCCAACACCCGUUGCAGAGUCCGAGGCCGAGCAAAUUAAGAUCAAGUCGCAAAUCGAGGUAAAACAAAUAGACACAGAAAACAACACUGUAAAUACGAGUACCACCACAACAACAACAACAACAACUAGCACAGCUACAGAGAACAACAACACCACAAACAAACAAACAACAACAGUAGAAAUCACUGAAAUUGAGACAACUACUAAGACCGAGACCGUUGCAGGCGCAGAGUUAGUUCAGACCCAAAAUAAUACACUACCCAACAUCACAACAACAACCACCACCAACGACACUAUCAACACUGUCUCCGACAAUUCCGCUUCUCUACCCACUUCCCAACUGCAGGAUGAAGAUGUGCAAGCCGAAGGCACCGAGGAAGAACAAGUGGUUGCAGCAAUCAUAGAGGCAGUUAGUGAAACCUCUGAUCCCGAUUCCGAAGGUUUUGUUCUUGUUGCACCUCAAACAGAAACCGAGUUAGCUGAGCCAACUCAAGAAACGGUUUCGGCUUCAGCUUCCCCUGUUGAUACACUAGAACUUGUCCCCGAGCCCAAGCUUGAAAGUGCUGUAGUUUCUGUCGAUGAGACAGCUGAUGAUGAAGGUGAAGCUGUUGCUGCUGCUGCAGAGCCAGCUCAAGUUGUAGUCGAGUCGAGUCUUCCGCCACCAUUGCCCAAGUCCCCACCGCCCUCACGUGUAUCGGCCUUUGCCUUGACAACUGACGACGAUGACAACGACGACGAAGUUCCAGCAGCAGCAGCUGCACCCGCAGCGCAAGAUACGAACGACAAGUUGGUCGAGGAGAAGGAUCAGCCAGUGGAGCAGGAGCAGGAGCAGGAACAAAAACAAGAUCAAGGGCAAGAAAUAAUAGCUCCAUCAACACCACCACCACCAGCAACAACAGAAGAAGUAGUAGAGCAGGAUGCAUCGCUGCUCAGCGAGAUUGAACAACAAGCUCAGGUGAUUGUCGAGAAAAUCACAGAGCAGGCAGCAGAUUUUGUCACAGAGCAAGUGAAACAAGAUGUGCCUCCCUUGAUUGAUGCCGAAGUCGAACCCAUUGAGAAAGUGAGCGAAGAGCAAAGAAUCAGUCCUGUUCCUGUUGCAAGAAUUGUCACCGACGUUGAUGAAGAUGAUGAUACGAACGAAAAGGAUGUUGAUACUAACAAGACGGUAGAUGACAUUGUUGAGCCCCCGGUCGAAGAAAUUGCUUCACAGCCAGAUGUGCUCAUCCAGAGUCUGACUGCUGCCGUCGAUGAGCUCUGUUUGCAGGAUAACGUUGAAGAGAAGGCCCUAGAUGAGACGCCGGCGCAGAAUGAGGAAAAGCAAACAGAUAGCGAUAAUAAGAUUGCGAAUGAAACCGAUAUCAAUUCCGAAUCCGAUACAGACAUAACUAGCUUAACAAAAGAGAUUCAGAGUCCAAAGCUGUUGAUUGAAGCUGCUGCUCAUUACGAGGAAACUGCCAAGGACAUCAAGGAGAAAAACGCCGCGGCAGAUGUUUCAACACAGGACCUGCCCGUGACAUGCGAAUAAUACUAAUAAUUAUUAUAUAUAUUACAUAUUAUUAAAAACAAAAGAAACAAAACAAAAAAAAAUACAAAAAUCAGAAAAAAAUACAAAAACAAAUAAGAAAACGCAACGUAAAACCAACAAUUAAAAGAUAAACACGAGAGCAAAAAAAAGCAAAAUACAUUUUUAACAUUUACAUAUUUUAAUCAUUUUUGUA